GCGGCCGACGCGCUGGUGGACGGGUUCACCGUCUCCGCCCACAGCUUCCCCACGGCCGACACCAGCCGGGGCGUGGUCACCGACGUGAGCGGCUGCCGGCUGUCAGGCCGGGUCUACCAGAGCAACACCACGGCGCCCGACCCGACCUCCUGCUCCACCGUGACCUGCCAUGCUAACGGCGUCGCCACGGCGGAGAGCCACUGCGGGCCAAUGGAGCGCUGCCGGGGGGGGGGCAGGUACCGACACACCUCCAGAGGGCGACCUCUGACCUCUGACCUCUGCACGGACCUCCCCUCAUCGGCGCUAAACGGCCUCCGGCUGCUGGGCGUAUUCAGGGACCGGAGCCGCAGAGACACCACCUGGCUGGACCAGGUCAUCGUCCAACUGGGGGGAGGCGCCCAGAUCUCCCUGAAACAGGGCGGAGUCCUGUGGGGCAGAAGGGGGUCAGACCACAGACGUUUGGGGGAAAACGGCAGCCGUUUCCUGUUUCCUGUGGAGUCUGUGUUUACCUGUGAUGUGGAUCACGGAGGUGAGGCCGUCGAACAGGACCGUCACGCUGUGAUUGGCGGCGGCCAUCUUGGCCGUCACGCCUGUAUGGUCUUUAGAAAUAUCCACGCCGUGCAGCGUUUGGGUCCCGCCGCUCAGCGCCAGCGUUUCUCCGUCCGCCUGCAGGGGGCGCCGCAGAGCACACGUUAG